GUAUGGUUUCAGAACCGCAGAGCCAAGUGGAGGAAAAGGGAGAAGUGCUGGGGUCGCAGCACGGUCAUGGCUGAGUACGGACUGUAUGGAGCUAUGGUCAGGCAUUCCAUCCCCCUGCCAGAGUCCAUCCUGAAGUCCGCCAAGGACGGCAUCAUGGAGUCCUGUGCGCCCUGGCUGCUGGUCCAAGAUGGCUUACCAAUCAACAGGCGCUAUUCUAAAUCUGAAUACCCGCAACUCUUUGCAGGGAUGCACAAAAAGUCCAUGGAGGGAGCGGCAGCCCCACCGACAGGGAAAUGCGACGCCCCUCAGCAGCCGAGCGCUCAGAGGCCAGAGGACCCUGAGGUGGAGGAGAAGAGGUCAGAGGUCAAGUCCAUCAUUUCUAAAGAGGAACUGAGAGAGAACAGCAUCGCUGCCCUCAGGGCCAAGGCACAGGAGCACAGUGCCAAAGUGCUGGGAACAGUUUCUCAUGACAGACUGCCGGAGGGCAAACAGGAGAGACAGGCGGCCGAGGACAAGACCAGCGAUCCGCCGAGUCCAGCAGAGGAGCAGAAAAGUCCCUAAAAAUAUAAAAUAAAAUAAAAUAAAUCAAGAUCUUGGAAAUCAUCAGGACUGAAAGCAGUGGAGCUGCUUUCAGCUUGGACUUACAGACUCAGAUUUUAGCCUUCACUGACCUUUCCAAACUGGCCUUCAUCAAAACCUCUGUAAAGACACAACUCGUGUGAUUGGCUGCUGGCUAACAGAUGCAAAUGCACUUUUGUCUGAUUUAUUUCCAGACUUUGUCCUCGUUCGUAGCAGAGCUGAUUUGACAGCGUAGGAGYGUUGAUGUAUAUAAACUGCAUAGCUAAUAACAGAGCUGGGUAGCAAAAAUGUAUCCAGUAGAAUCCUUUUUGCUGACAGUGUAGGGAGUCAGAGGAUGAAAGGCUGCAUUUAGGUCAUGGUGUUUAUUCUGUUCAAGUUUACACAAACUGUUACAUUUUCCCACCGACAGUAAGAGAAAGAAAGUAAAUGUUGGCGAAUAUCCCUCUGUAUAUAACUGCUAUAUUAAUCUCGCUCACUAAGGCGCCAGUUUAAAACAUGUUUUCUUGUAGUCUUACGGUGUCUGUGUUUUGAUUUUCAAAUAUGUAUGAGUCCAAAGUCAAGCAUAAAACAGAAAUCACUGUUUAUUAAACGUGGUGUUGUGUUCUGUUA